CCACCGGGUCGUCGAAGAAAAUUAGUGGAUAAUGUCACUAAUGUCAUGUUUAACGGUGGUUUGCAGUCACGCACACGAUGUGCUUUGGUUUGUGAAUUAGUUAAAUAUUUGAGUUUUCAACGAAAUCAAAUUCCAUUGCCAGUUGAUCAUGUGAAGCGUGACCUGAAAAAACGAACAGAAAAGGAGGGAAAUACGCAUGAAGCCCGAAUAAACCGAGUGGAGCACAGAAAAUCCAAGGAAUUCGUGACAGUGCUGGAUAAAAUAAUGGAAAAUUUACACACAGCUUUUGACCAUUGUCCAGACAUCCGACAGGUUUUGAUAAUAAUCGGGGGCACAUCAGUGAGCCCAAAGGAGAUGUACAGGGUAACAAUUCCUCCGUAUUAUCCCGAUGCUACCCCUGUCUCAGAAAAAUCUUCUAUUAAGAUACUAUUCCGACAGCUUAUUACAGAUGACUUCCUUGGCAGUGUUAAUCCGCUUUCGGCCACAAGCACUAUGCUGCUGCUGAAUGCCCCAAGGAAUUGUGGACUAGAGUGGUUUCUGGCUAAACCACACUACAAGCCCCCAAACCGCGGACGUGUGUACGAGUUGAACUUGCACUGCGCACAGCCUCCAGAUUCUGGCACAGAUUUGUCGCUGAUGGACCAUCACUUUGAAAUAUCUGGCAUACAGCCCCUUGACUCGUCCAACAAUGACAUAUCAAUGUCAGAGAGUGAUUUAAUCUGUCAGGAAACCAGUUCAGACAGUGACAGUGUGAUAACAGACAUGACCUCAGAUUCCUUCAGUUUGGCUAUGGAAACCAAUGCACUUGGUGCAAAUAUUGUCAAACAGUGUGCCAUGACAGAAGAUGAAGGGGUUCAUUCUCUAUCUGAUGAAGAUUACAUUUGGUUUCAAGCCCCUCUUUCUAUCAAGGGCUAUAAAGACAGAACUUCUAAAGUCAGAAGUUAAAAGUGUUAAACUUUGACAGUGAUAGUCUUGUGAUAGUCACAUUUUUAUUUAUUCGCCGAAGAUAGCUAAUUACAAGCUUUUUCACACGUGUGAAGUCAUAGUUAUAAUUAUUCAAGUUGAAGGAUGUUAUUGUUCCAGUUGCAAUGUCAUUCUGGAUAAGGCAGGUAAACCUCUUGUUGAAAAUUAACAAUCAGUUUUGUCUUCAUUUUGUAGAAUUCUAUAUAUACCUAGUCUUACAUUUUAAUUUUGUACCACACAGAGUUUUGUAAAAGACCAAGAUUAAAUUUUAUCCAUUGACAACUACCUUUAUUGUUCUUUAAACACUGUGUUGUUACUACUUUCUUAUUCCCUUUUGAUA